UUCUUUUCUUUCAAACAAACUUUCCCAUUCUUCUCUCUCUCACAGUUUGGUUAAGAAAUCCAAACCCAGAAUCCGGUGAGUUUUUGCACUGUUAUUCUCCUUCACAUUUCAAACAUCAUUAAGAAAAUAAGUGAUUUUUUUUUUGUGUCGAAAUUUAGUUCAGCCAUUUUAGUUUGCUGUUUCUUUUUUUGUCUACUUGGUUGAAUUUGCAAGAGCACAGCAAAAGUAGCAAAGCAGAACACAACAAAAACCCUAAAACCCACCUCAAAAAAAAAAAAAAAAGCAACUUUUGAGUCAAAAGCUUCAUUAUUAAUCUUCAUCUGUCUUGAAAACACCUUGAAAAAUUUUAAACAAAAACCCCACCUUUUUCUCUUAAUCCCAUUUCUCUGCUCUUCCAUAAAAAAAAAAAAAAAGGAAGCCCAGAAAAAUAGCAUAUCAAAACCCCAUUUUCUGCAAAACCCACUUCUUCUAAAGACCCAAAAAGAAAGAAAAAUCCAAUCUUUUUUGGUUCUCACCAACACUAAUUUCUUUCUCUGUGCUAAGCCAAAAGGCAAAACCCCCUAGAAAAUGGCAAACCAAAAUCCCAUUUUGUUAUCUUUCUCGUUGUUGUUGUUGAUGAUGAUGAUGACGAGCAAUGUGGUAGUUCUGGUGAGCUCGAAAUCAACAAUCGAGCCAUGCUCGAACUCCGAUUCGUGCAAUGCCCUUCUCGGGUACACCCUCUACACCGAGCUGAAGGUCUCGGAGGUUGCCUCCCUUUUUCAGGUGGACCCCAUUGCCGUCCUCACUGCCAACGCCAUCGACAUCUCCUACCCGGACGUCGAAAACCACAUCCUCCCCGCCCGGCUCUUCCUCAAGAUCCCCAUAAACUGCUCCUGCGUCGACGGCAUUCGCAAGUCCGUCUCCACCCGCUACAAGACCCGCCCCUCCGACACGCUCUCCUCCAUUGCCGACUCCGUUUAUGCCGGCCUAGUGUCUUCUGACCAGAUCAGGGAGGCCAAUUCGAUCUCGGACCCCUCGGUUCUUGACAUCGGGCAGACGCUUACUGUGCCUCUUCCCUGCACCUGCUUCAAUGGGACGGAUAACUCCCUGCCCGCCAUCUACUUGUCGUAUGUCGUCAGGCCGGUGGAUAGCCUUGCCGCCAUCGCCGCGAGGUAUUGGACCACCAUUACGGAUUUGAUGAAUGUCAAUGCCAUGGGGAGUACUUCCAUUAAGGAUGGGGAUAUACUUGCGGUUCCACUACCUGCCUGUGCAUCAAACUUCCCGCGAUAUGCCUCUGAUUUCAGCUUAAUCGUGCCUAAUGGAAGCUAUGCCAUUACCGCAAGUCACUGCGUUCAAUGCAGCUGUGGGCCGGGAAAUCUCAAGUUGUACUGCAUGCCUGCUUCAUUAGCGGUUUCCUGUUCGAGCAUGCAAUGUAAAAAUAGCAACCUGAUGGUUGGUAAUUACACGGCACAGCAGAGUAGUGCUGGUUGCAACGUCACUUCUUGUAAUUAUGGUGGUUUCGUGAACGGCUCCAUUGUCACAACGCUGUCUACAUCUCUUCAACCUCGCUGCCCAGGGGCACAACAGUUUCCUCCGCUUAUAGCACCACCUACUUCGGUAAUUAGGGACUCGAUGUUUGCACCAUCACCUGCACCUCAGUCGGAUGGUCUCAGAACAUUGGCACCAAGAUCCUCGUUGGUGCCUUCGACGACCGGAUCCCUUCCAGGAUUGGCGCCCGUCGGUGGACCCCUGGGAAGUGCUUCCGAUGCUUGCUCCUUGGUGAAUUCUUUAGCCACUUUCCCAAUUGCAUCCUUGUUAUUUUUCUUUUUCAAGUUCGUAUUUGCCAUCUUGUAAUAGUUUUGCUCAUCAGCUAUACUUAGAAGAAGAUGAGGUUUUGUCCUGUGUACGCGGUUGCUUCAUUUCAUGUCAGGUGGUUCUUUUUGUUGUAUUUAACCUUCUAUUUGUUUUCAACUAUAGAACUGAACUUUCGAAUAUCGAAAAGAAUCGGGAUUUCGGGCAAUUACUAUUUUCCUUUAGUGGUUAACUGCUGGAUAAAA